CGUUGCGCCGCGACCGCGGAGUACGCAGUACAUAGCGGGCCCGCGACAUCGACGGACGUUAAACACGUUCGACUAUUACGAUCUCAAGUGGAGUAUCGAAAGGAAAAAAAGCCCAUAAAUUGAUGAGAUAUCAGUGAGAACACUAGUGCGGUCAGAAUUACUUGAAAAAAAGUGAAAAAACCAUGUUUAAUGUGGAUUAAUUCGACAUCUAAUAACCCGCGACUCUGAAGGAAUAAACUUGUGGACAAAAUGGCUUUCUGGAGGCGUACGGCGAUCUUGUUCGCCAUCCUUUAUGCCCAGAUGUCUCUCCUGCACGCCUACCGCGAGCACAAGGUCCACAACAUCGUCCUGUAUCCCGACAAACAUAGUUGGUGUAAAACAACGCCCAUCAAGCAGGUGGUCACGUGGCCUCAAUGCUCCUCUCAAGAAUUGGACAACAACGUUUGUGUAGGUGCAUGCUUCUCUUACAUGGUGCCUCACAGCGAGCCUUCAGCACCGGGUGACCUCAUUAGACCCUACUGCGACUCGUGUCAGCCUCUCGACAGUGUCUGGCACACGGUGACACUCGACUGCAAGGACGAGGACAACAAAGCAACGACGAUGCAGAAGAAGGUACAAAUAAUAACAAAUUGUUCGUGCAGUUCGUGCACCGAGACAUCGAGGAUAAAGCCGGACUACAACACGUUGCUGCAGUCACUCGGUGACGAGAGCAUCGACAAGAACGCGAACGUGGUGCACGAGACGCCUGAUUUAUUGUUGAAUCCGAAUUUGAAUUCGUCGAAGAACACGACGAAGGACGGUGUCCAAGCGAACGAGAGAUUCCUCCAGCUCUUCAGGCAGCUCAAAGGGAGCGAGAACAUUGACGAGCACGGAGCUAAGGAACUUUUCACCAAAUUCGAGGAAGAAAUCGAUUUGGAAAAGCUCCGAGAUCUCUUGCGCAAGUACAGCCAAGAAGAGAAACACACGAAGCACCAUCAACAACACGAACAGCAUCAUCAAACGAGCAAACAAACGGAGCACGAGCAACACGACACGCAUCACGGUAGCUCAGGCAACAUGCAUCGCGGGCCCCAUCACUCGCUCGUUCUCGACUCCGAAGUCAAAGAGAAAAUCGACGUCGAGCCCCAUUAUCUGCACCCGGCGGUAGCCGGACAAGAUAUAAGCUAUCACGACAAUGUUCUCGUCGACAAGAGCAAGAAAAAAGACUUCUGAAGCUCUUCACAAGCCUCUAAAUCCUCUAGCCGCCCCCCGAUAGUCUUCGUUUAUUUAUACCACGACUAAGCGACGAGAAAAAGAGUGACGAAACGACACCCAGUGCUGCAAGACUGUACUAAACCUUCGGUAAUCCUCGCUGAGCCAGUGCGACCGAUCGAUGCCAAGAUUUUGUGCAUCGCGGUCAAACAAAAUCCACUCAUUCAUCCCUCGAUCUUCUUCGCUCCCGAAUUAUAUUUCAACUUUGUUUAACGAGAUCUGGGAUUCGGACAAACGGAUUGCCGAACAGAUUACCGAUCGAGAGGUUGCUCAUUCAACUUCACAAGGAAUCAGAUGCGAGUAAAACCGACGGAUUAUUCAACAAGGAUUCUCCAUAGCCCACGAUCAUGGUAAAUUCGAACUUUAGUGAAUUUCGCGAAUUUGGCCGAUCUCGGGAAUUAUAAAACUCUAAUGUUCUCAUGAAAAUAAAUAAAAAUGCUUUAUCGAACAAACAUCAUUUAGGAUUUUAUUGUGUUUACGAUGAAAUUGUUGAUUUUACGUAAAUCGCGCGUGUCUCGAGGGAACGAACAAAUGGAGAUAAGGCGAACGAAAAAUUUCAAGCGAAAGAGAGAUAAAAAUUCUAAUAUAUUCAAUUAUUAUCUUAUUAUUCAUUAUUAAUUUUUAUCAUUUAUUUAACGAGUUUGCGCGAAGCGUUCUAUCGACGGUGUGUGCCGCCGUACAAUAUUAUUAUUAUUAUUAUUCGAAAUAUUGUUAUUUACUUAUGAGUUGAGAAGUACAAUUCGUAUGUACAUAAAUUCGCUCAGCAAUAAAAAAAAAAAGAAGAAAAAAUAAACAUGGUCUACCCUGAUGAAAA